ACGAGUGUUUUAGUUCCGAAGUGGCAAUUGGGCAGGAUCGUUGGUGUGCCGUCGUGUGCUCAUAAAUAUAGAAUAAAUUAACAUCUUAGAGUUCGCUCAGAAGUCUACAUCUCGAGGCUGACCGGCGAGUUGGCAAAUUGAAGGUGUGAAAUUGGAUCUUCUAGCCCGAAGAAACGAAACUUUUGUUCUCGUGUGCCGCUGUGCGAAACAUUACGAAACUGUGAUAACGAACAGGUGGUUGUGCAAUAUUUGCUUCUGGCUGUGAACUGAAAGUGAAUCUUGGCAGUGAAAUUCGAGAACUCGGAACUGAUACUUGUGAGAGAUGAUGAGAUGUGCGGCACUGAUCGUUUUGGCACUGGCUGUCACAGCACAUGCUGAGGAUUUCAACGGAUACUUUUAUCCAAAGCCGAGUUGCGCUUUUCAACCUGGCCAGACGGUGUACGUAACGCAAACCCAAACCGAUUAUCAAGUAUAUACGGAAACGGUCCAAGGGAACAUUCAACGUGAUGAGCAAGUUAUCACGCAGACCUCGUCAAUUUAUAUUACAUCGGCGUACACGCAAACGGUACCGGUUUAUCAAACCGUUACUAAAACGAACACCUACUCUGUAACGAUUCCGGCGGGACGUCCUCAAACGGUGUACAAUACUAUCACGCUACCUCCCGUUGUAUCGACGUACGUUUCUACACAAAUCCAAGCAACUCCAGUUUAUCAGACGAUCCGUGAUGUUAGCACAGUGACACUUCCACCGCAAGUUAUCCCUGCCCAGACGGUUUAUAAUACCGUUUCACUGCCACCAGUUACCAGAGUAUCAACCGUCGUUCAAACUUCGACUAUCCCAGUUAUUCAAACUGUCCGGGAUAUUAGAACCGUUACUGUUCCGGCCGUUACGUUGCCACCACAAAUCAUCUAUUCGACAGUGCAACAACCAGCACAGUACAUCACCUCGACCGCUUAUCUAACCUCUACCAGACAAGUCGUUCAAACGGUUCGUGACGUAGUCACUGUUCCGCCGGUUACCCUACCGGGCCAAAUCUCCUAUCAAACCAUUACCCAACCAGCGAAAAUUGUAGUUUCGACCGUCAUCAGUACCACGGCUACUCCUGUGUAUCGAACCAUCACCAAUACACAAACCAUCACGCGCCGAGCACCGCCUGCCCAGUACCAAACCAUCUACUCCACGAUAACCGUUCAAGGACAACAACAGACUCAGCACAACGUCGCCACAACUACGCUUCGAGACGUCCAGUACAUUACUAAAACCGUAACCAACACAGUCCCCGGUGCACUGUACGACGCACCGACUAUCUAUUCCACGAUAACACUUCCAGGAGUAACAAAGACGUACUGUGGUCCUGAAAAUACCUAUUUGCCCGCCGCUGGCAAUGGCAAUAACGGAGGAUUCGGACGGGGAUUCAAUCAGCGCUAUAAUCUGCUCUUCUAAGCAACCAACCAAGACCAAGUCACGUGAUUAAAAUACUCAAAAAAGCUGCCAGUGCCAGUUAAUAAGAGAUUGUUAACAUAAUGGUUAAUAAAUGUCUGCCUUUACGAUAGUGAUCUUCUAAA